CAACAACAACCACAGCUACAACAAUAACUACAGCAGCAGCAGCAGUUACAGCUAUCACCAUCGCAGUCAUCGCGGCCAUCGAGAGGGCCUUUAAGGGAGAGUACGAGUGCAGUGAGCGAACCCCAUCCCAGUACAACCACAAAAGGACAUACGGAAAAUACGGACACUCAUGCACACUCACAAGCGCAAACACAGAACAUGAAAGUACAUUUGACCUAUUCCAGACUGAGCUUCAGCAGGCCCGCCAACAGCUGGCAUUCAGGACAGCAAAUAUGAAUGGAGAUGGAAAUGCGAAUACGAAUGGUCGCACAAGCCCAAGACAUACAGAUUAGUAAGGAACCGAAAGUGAGCAAAGACACAUAGGUAAACAAGGACACACAGUUCAAUAAGAAAAUUCAAAUCAGACAGGACUUGCAGACGAGCAGCAGCACAGGAAUGAUGGGGGGGCACUUGGCGGCAGGAAUGCAGCGGGUGGGCCGCUUUUCCACAGCCUGCAAGCUUACGGAGAUGUGGG